AUGACAAACUGGGAGCUUCUGUUGAUAUUCUACGCACUGGUCUUCGCCACUUUGCUCAUCUGCGCAUUUGGCAACAAGUUCUUACCAAUGGUCGACACGAUAUGUGCUGCAUUUACAGCUAUCAGCAUCCUUAUCGUUCUCAUCGCAUUGUCUUCCAAAGCAGAUGUAGGACGUCAUUCUGCUUCUUACGCUCUUUCCCACUACGAUAAAUCGUUCUCCGGUUAUGGCGGCUUUACUUUCUUCAUCGGGUUGUUACCACCAGCAUAUUGCUUUUCCGCCCUGGGCAUGAUUUCCUCGAUGGCUGAAGAGUGCGACAAUCCUUCUGUCAAGGUUCCAAGAGCACUGGCUUUGUGCGUCCCUGUAGGCGGGCUAGCAGGCUUGUUCUUCGUCAUUCCCGUCUGUGUAUUACUUCCUGAUAUGUCGGAAAUUGUCGAGGCGCCUGCUGCUCAGGCACUGCCGUUCAUCUUCCACAAGGUCAUGGGAGCACCUGGUGGUGGGUUGGGCUUGACGUUUUUGGUCUUGCUGAUCACGCUCUUUUGCAGUAUCAGCAUCACCACGGCAGCGAGUAGGUGCACAUGGGCAGUGGCCCGUGAUCAUGCGCUACCAUUCCCUGGUACGUUCGCGACGGUGAACGAGAAGCUGGGCGUUCCACUUAAUGCCAUCUUGCUCCUCACACUGAUCCAGUUGCUGCUGGGCUUGAUCAACCUCGGCUCAUCUUCUGCAUUCACAGCCUUUGUGUCUGUAGGCGUGAUUGGAUUGGCAGUCUCUUACGCCAUUCCCAUCAUUCUUUCCCUCUUGUCUUCGCGCAGAGAAGUCAACACCGCAAAUUGGAAUGUCGGUAACGCGAAAGGAAACGUGAUCAAUAUCAUUGCCGUGGUCUGGAUCGGAUUCGAGUUGGUUUUGUUCUCCAUGCCUGGCGCGCUACCUGUCACGGAGGUGUCGAUGAAUUACGCUAGUGUUGUUCUCUUUGGAUUCUUGGGUCUGGCCGGGAUCUUCUAUGCGGUAUAUGCCAGGAAGACAUACAAGGGUCCACCCGAGAGCGAUGCCAUCGAGCAGUAA